AUGCGGUCCGCGGAGGACAGCGUGGCAGGCGUCCAGGUCCCGCAGGGCGCCGGGGGCGGCUUCAGCGCCGCGACCGCCAUGGAGACGGCCGCGGCCUACAACCAGGCCGUCGGCGCCGUGCACCCGGGCCAGGCCAGCGACACCGCGGCCAUGCACGGCAUCACCGUGACCCAGACCGCCGUGCCGGGCGGACGCAUCGUGACGGAGUCCGUGGCGGGCCGAGUCGUGGGGCAGUACUCCGUGGCCGACCCGCCGCCGCCGGUAGAGGAGGACGCGACCAAGAUCACGAUCGGCGAGGCGCUGGAGGCGACGGCGAGGGCCGGAGGUGGGCGCCCCAUCGACCGGGCCGACGCGGAGGCCAUCCGCGCCGCGGAGAUGAGCGCGCACGGGGCGGACGUUGCCAUGCCCGGCGGCCUCGGCGACCAGGCACGGGCCGCGGCGCGCUCAAACGCCCAGGCCACGCGUGACGGCGACAAGAUCAAGCUCGGCGACGUCCUCUCAGACGCGACAGCGAAGCUGCCGGGCGACAAGGCGGCGAGGACCGAGGACGCGACGAGGGCGGUGCAAGCCGAGACUUUCAACGACGCCGAAGCGCGCGCCAAGGCUGGCGGGGUGGGCGCGGCGCUCACCACGGCGGCGAGGCUCAACGAAGACAACGACCUAAGCGACACUUAG